AAAUAUUAUCAAAAACUUAUGCAAACUUUGCCAACAAUUGAAUUGUAAAAGAUAAUAUAUUUAACAUAAACCAAUAUGUUUUUAAUAGGCAUUAUGGCAUUAGUGGCAUAAUAUUACUUUAAGGGGAUAUAAUUAAUAAAUGGAGUUAUAAUAAAAUAAGAAAAAUUUCAAUCAUCUAUAUUCUAUGGGAGUGAGCCGGUGAGGUUGUGUUGUCCGACAACUGAUAAGAAGAAAAUAAUUAAAUUGAAAUCAGGUUUACCAAAAUCAAACGUAUUAUUGUCAUUUUAUUAACUUAAUGAAUCUGUUGAACUUUUCUCUUACAUCAGUUCAACUAGUUAUGAAUUACAUUAUAUUAUUAUUCUAAUUAUACUAUUAUAACUUAUAACAGUUGGCUAUUUUACAUACAUGCUAGACUUUAGUUCCCAAAGUAUGGAUCGCAAUUAUACUUUUGGUGAGUUGCGUUAUAUUUUUAAAUAAUACAUUUUUUAGAUUCUAAGUGGAGUGAGGAAUAUAUUGGUUUUACUAUGAUCUUUAUUUUUUUUUCUAUUCGUGAACAACUUUUUUACCAGAAAUCUUUCUCCCGUUUACAAGUACUUUUUUUGAAAGGAAAUCGGACUGAAGAGGUACUUUAGAAAGGUCUUUUAUUGAUUUUCCCAAGAGAAUUCUUAAUAUAUAGUAAAAACAGGAAACAAAUGACGAAAAACGGGAAAAUAUACAAAAUGUAGGUAUUACUGCAUUAGUAAAAAAAAAAUACCACGAUAUUCUUUUACCUGUGAACAACUUUUCUACCAGCUAUUAUGUUACAAUUUACAAUGAUACUACUUUUUCUGAAAGGAAAUCUGACGGGUGUAAUUGGGUCAUUUUUUGAUUUUCCUGAGUUCCAAUAAAUCGGGAAAAAGGGAAAAUUUACGAAAUGUAGGUAUUAGAUAAAACAUAUUACAACCAUUUUUUUUUCUGUGAACAAUUUUUCUACCAGCUAAUUAGAUUUAUACUUGCAUAUGAGAGUAUGUCACUGAACAAACUUUAUGAAUCAUCCAGAAAUGAAAAAUAAACAAAAGAAAGGGUCAUUGAUAUUAUUGUUGGGUUGCCAAAAUUUAAAUUAUUUCCAAAAUGAGUCGUACUAUAAAAAGUUAGGGAACCUCUGUGCUAGAGUAUAAUAUUGUGGUUCAUGGUAAGAUUACUUUCAUUUUAAUUUUAGUAAUUUAAAAUUAACAUAAUAGUUAUAGAUAUUAUACAGAUAAAUUAUACAUAGAUAUUAUAGUAGAGGGGAAAUUGAAUGUAUAUCUCUAAGCGAAAAAAUGGUUCUGAGCGGGGUUCAGUUGAUAGUGUUGCUUUGUCAACAAUAUAUAUGCCAUAUUAUGGUAAAAUAAUUACAUAGGCAUUAUAAUAUAUUUUCUUUAAUGAUAUUUGUUUAAUAUUUUACCUAUUUUCCCGUUUUUAGCUAGUUAUGCAAAUUUGUUGAAAAAACUCGAAAAAUGAUCACUUUAAAGUAUUUCUCCAGUCCGAUUUCCUUUUAGAAAAGGUGCUACAGUUAACAAUUGGAGCAAGAUUUCUAGUAGAAAAGUUCCAUAGAGAAAAAAAAAUAAACAUCUUUGUAAAACAAUAAGCUUCUUUGCUCCACUCAGAAUCUAAAACAAUAUUGCUGGUAGUAGCUCACGUUUCUUACUUUUAGUUAUUUAUUGUUUAUUAAUAAUGAAUUGGGUCUACCAAUACUUCAUUUUAUAAAGCAUACAAUUUUGUCAACGGGGUUUCCUUUUAUUUGUCAUUGGCCGUCAAAGUCCCAGGUGGUUUAUUGUAGCGCAUGUCGUUACGAGCGUAAAUCAUUUUCAUCAUAAUUCCUACUGUUCUUUUCGACCUUUUUCGUACCGUUAAUUGGUUGGAUCAUACAUCAUUUGCGCAUCAAAAAUGUUUAACAAUAGAGGGCUGAAAGUGAUUAGGAUUAUCUAAAACCACAAACAGUUUCCUAACUUUCAGCUUAAUAUUCAGUAUUAAUAAUAUUUAAAUGUAUUUAAUACUGGAAUUUAUUUUCAAAUAUAGGUUUUAUAAGACGUAUAAAAGGUUUAAUAUAUUUCUGUUUUAAAAAUAAUAUACCCUAGAUAUAUCCAGGUGAUAUGACUAUUAGCAGUCGGUGUUAAACUUUAAAAUGGUGAGGUUUGUGUUAAAUGUAAAAAAUAUUAAAAUUUGUAAAUUCAAACCGUGGGAAAGCUGCUAUCGUUCUUAAAAAUUAUAUAUGUAUGAAAAGAAAAACGUUAGCAAAUAAAGAAAUUAUAUUAAGUGUCCAAAGAAAAAUUGUUAUAGUAUGCAAAUUUUUACUUUUUAAUAUGUUUGUAUAAUUUAUUUUUUUUAUCUACCUAUUAUAAACGGAUGGUGCCCAAAUGAUACACUGCCGUUGAUGCGCAAAUGAUGAUGACCACCGGUCGUUAUUAUCUACUAUUUUCUUUUUAGCACCUUAUAGUUGACUUCACUUCGUACAUUUGUAUCUUUUUAUUGCCUGUAUAACAUCUAUACAGGAAUGUUUACGCAGUUUGAGGACCACUGGAUUUUCUUAUCAAAUAUUGCCAGCGGUACAUACAUUUUUAAAAUACUGGAUAUCGCCGCAUUUAUAUUAUCAAACAAAACUGUCGUCAACGACGUUAACAUGACUCGAGGACGUGUGAAUUGGCCUGAGAAUUUGAGACGAUUAGUAUAGAUUGCAUAGUAUAGUAUACUUGUUUAUGAUCACGACCUUGCUCAAUGAUCAGUAAUUUAUCGAACAUUACAGACUAUGUUUUUUUAUCGUAAAUUCAGAAAAUCGCAAUUAAUUUUGUUAAGCAAAAUCACGAGUUAGUUUCUACAAAUAAUACUGAUAAUGAAUAACGAUAACGACCGACUUCCUAGUUAGAGUGCUAAUUUAUUCUAUAUUAUAAUAGUUCACUACUUUUAUUUUCAUUUAACUUCACUACACUAAUCUAUUGUAAACACAAGUUCAAUAGCAUGACAAAACAGCAAUCAUGGUCAGGGUCAGUUGUACUUCUGUAGCCAGUUUAGUUACGUUUUGGGCUGUUCGUAUCUGGUGUCCCAGCAGUCGAGCCCAAGCAGUGAGUUGAUAUUAAUAUUUUGUUCCGUUUGGUUUGGUCCAAUCACUAGUGACGCGUGAAGGGCCGAUGACGUGAGCGGCCAACAUUUUUAUCGUUUUCGUGAUAAUCAAGAAGUUAGUAAGUACUACUUUUUAUAAUAAGUUAUUUUAUAGAAUAUUGAUAUGUGCGCUCUUACAAAAUGCUCUAUUUGCUCUUAUUCAAACCACUCGUCAUUGUACGUUUCGCGAAUCAAUUUUAGUAUCAUUCCCAUAAGCGUGCGCAGGUGAGGUGACGUUUUUCGAAAUCAAACCUUGCUCAAAAAUCAUGAGUAAAAAUAUUUUUAGAGGGGGCUUAAGCUCUCAUAUUGAUUAUUUAUACUUAAUAUAAAUAACUUGUUGACGAUUUUUUAGGGGGAUGGUAGGAGCCUGGCUGAGUUUUUAUGAAGGGUAAAUAUCUUCCAAAAAAAUUUCUACUAUGCACAAAAUCAUAGGAACGUUAGUGUUUGAUAUUUAAAAUAAAUUCAUAUAUAUAUAUAACAUGUUUUUUUGAAGUUUACUUUGGCAGAAAAUCUCCCAAGGAAGACAGCUGCCUCUCCUGCUUCCCCUGUGUACACGCUUAUAACCAUAUCAUUAAUGGUUUCCCUUGCAUUAAUUUUGAAGGCUAUUCAAAUUAAAUGAAUACAAUAGUUUGUCGUUUGUUACCUAUUGUACAAUAGGUUAUGUUUGUUCAAACAUCAUAAAAUUAGACAACCGUUUGAAAUACCUAAUGGUUUGUAUUUUUCAACACUAUCAAUACUGCCUACCUAGUUUUAUUAUUGAUGUUUGCAAGUAGACUUAUGUCAACGUUUUCCUAUAAUAUAAUAACUUUUACUUCAUCUUUAAACCUACUGAAAGUAAUAAAUUAUCAUUUGAUAAUACUUACCUACCUAUGUGUUGGUAAUAAAAAUCAAUUAUCUGUUUUCAGUAUUUUGAAUACUAUUUUACUUCAAAACUAUGUGGUCGAAAAUAUUUAAAGUGAGCAAUCAUGGAUUAGUACGUGGAGUAGCCAUAUAUUCAGUGACAUGGCCAGUGAGUAGCAUAAUACAACAGUCAUUGGCACCGACUGGCAACAAAGAUAUUGAUUUAAAACGAGCAGCAAAAUUCAGCAUGUAUGGUGGGCUGUAUGUAGCUCCUACUUUAUAUGCAUGGAUGCGAUUUGCUGGUUACAUUUGGCCUUCAAUGACAAUUACUAGUCACAUUACAAAGGUAAGAGUGUAUUAGGUACUACAAUAUUAUAAUUAUAAUAGGUAGAUAAUGAGUUUAGGUAAUUAAAGAAUUAGUUAUAGGUAUCUAGGUACUACCUAGUAUAUUAUUUAAAUAAUAAUAUACUCUUUUUUACUUACAAAUAUAUUAAGUACUACAUUGCCAGUGUUUUAUUAAUAUAUAGUUUGUAUUGUUUUAUUUAAAACUAAUGACACAUAAAUAAAUUCUUAUAAUUUGACCUAUAACUUCAUUAGUUAAAAUUUCAAAACAUGUUAUGUUGAUUAUUAAAACAUUAUUUUGUAGAUGUAUAUAAUAAUUAGUAAAGUCUUACGAAAUAUAUUUAUUUUUUGUUUGUAUUAUAAUACCUGAUCUUUAUAGAUUUUAACAUGCUGAUUUUAAGCCUGAAAUUUAUCUUUAUCAUAUUUAAUUUUAUAGAACCUGGGUAUGUAAACAUAUAUAUGUAUAUAAUAAUAAAAAAUAAAUACGCACAGGUAUUUAUUGUAUAAUAAUAUUAGAUUUUAUUUUGCACAUAUUUUACACAUAUUAAGUCAAUACGAAAUGAACUAUUGCAUGUAAUUGAUUUACAUUAAAUACUUUUAUAAUCAUAUUGAUAUAACGUGCACAAUGUGUAAGAAAUAAAAAAAAAAAACAUUGAGAAUCUGAUUUAAUCUGAGUUAAUAUCUUUAGUAUUUAAAGUAGAAUAACUUAAAAACGUUUGGCUUAAAUUAUGUGUUAGAGGUUAAUGGAUUUUAGAUUUGAAUUCAGUGCACCAUAAUCUGUAAAGAUUAGAAAUCUAUAACGAAAUAUGAUUUUGAGGAGCAAAGUUCAGUUAUAUGUGUUUAGAAAUUUCGAAAAUUAAUUAUAAUAAUCUUGAUAUUACAUGCUUGUAGACAGGCUGUAACACAAAGAUCUGACAACUGAAAUCAUUUUUGAUCUGUUCAUAAUUUUUAAAAAUUGUUCGUGUUAUAAUUAUUAGAAAUUUGCUCUAUCUUUGCACCUUACUCUGUUUUAUUUUUUUCUUCUAAUAUCAUCUCAAAUAGAUAGAAUUUAUUUUAUUUGUGUUAAGAUUUUAAUAUUCCUCAAGUAUCUAAGUUAAAUGUCAAUUAUUUGAAUAGUGUUAUAAAUCUUAUGGACUUGCAUGCACUUUGCACAUUUCAUUUUAUUGCCUUCUAAUAAUAACUUAUUAAUUACUUACAUCAUCAUAUGAUAUAACCAUAUGGUAAUUAAUACGGUAUUUUUUUUUAAUAUUUAAAAGAAGCCUUAAAUUGAGUUCUGCUUGCAUUAUAUUAGUAUAGGAUUACUUUUUUUAUAUUGAUCUAUAAGUGUAAUAUUGGUACUUAUCAAAAAUUAAUUCAUGUUCAUUAAAAUAAUAGAGUCGAGUUAUGAUAACUUGAAAAACUUGGCUACUCAAUUUUUUAAUUUUAUUCCCUAGAAAUUCUUAUAACAUUCAAUGUAUUAUAAGAACUUUUUACUCGAAUAUAAAAUCGUGAUAAAUAGCUAAGUCGAAGUAUAUUACCUAUUUUGUACAUUUUCCUGUUUUCCAUUUUUGUUACAUUUUUGUUCCUCGGUUUUUUGUAUUUGAUAAGAAACUUGAGAAAAUCGAAUAAUGACCUCCCUAGACCAAAUUUUCUACUGUAUCUAAUAAAUAAUACAUAUGUACAUACUUGUAACACCAUUGUAUCUAUUUUAGUUUUUGCAUAACAUUUAUUAUGUGCAUAUAUUUAUCAUAACAUUUUUUAACGUAAAAUUUUAAAAUUGUAUUUCAUUAUAUAACUCAAAGUUUUGAUUUAAUUUUGAUAAAUUUGAGUUAAGUGUCUUGAAGUGAAUUUUUAUCCCCCUUCAACUUUGAGUUAUCGCGACUUGAUUGUAUUAAGUAUAUUUUUGAAUUUUUUUGUUUUGAUAUGUUUGUAGUUUGUAUCAAAACGUAUUCAAAUAUUUGGUUACAUUUCUAUAAUUUACAGUAACUAUGUAGGAGGAACAGGAGUGAAGUGCAUUGUUGUAUUGCUUUUUUAAAUACAUUAAUAAAUUAUGAAUUUUAUAAUUCAUUUUUAAAUUUUUAAUGGGUUUUAAUUGUAUUAAAAUAAUAAUUAUUUUUAAUUUUACAGGCAGUAGUUGAACAGUUUACUUAUGGUCCUUUUGCAACUGCUAGUUUUUUCUAUUUCAUGACACUUCUUGAAGGAGGUACUCUAGAUGAUGCAAAAUUAGAAGUUCAAGAAAAGUUUAUUUCCACGUGGAAGGUACAUACUUUGUCUUUGUUUAGAAAUUUUUUCAUACAUAAAGAUGGUUCCGUUUAAUAUUUAUAUUAUCUUGUUCUCUGGAAGUUAAGUUUCUGAGUUAUACAAAGAAUGUUUUUUUUUAUUAUAAAAUAUAAAAUAAAAACUUCUUCUAUUAUAAGACUGAAGUAUGUUUAAUAUUUGAUAUACAUCAUAACUAGGGCACGCAUUUAUAUUCACUUAAAAUCCGUAAAAAGACACUAAAAAAUAUUUAAAUAAGUUAAAGUGGUAGACAACUUUUAAAGUCCCUACUCUGACUGUUCUCACCCCAUUAAAUACAUUUUUCUAAUACUGACAAAUAAUUUACACAAAGCAUUUAAUUUUUAAACACAUACAAAUUUUUUUGAAAAAAAUUACUUUGAAAUAAACAUUUCUUUUUAGUGUUAAAAACAAUAGAAGGGAAAACUUUUAAAUUCCGCUUAAGAAUAAAAUAGAAUAAUAAUUUACAUAGUUAUGUAAAUCACGUCAUAAGUAUUAUUGUUGGGUAGUUUCUUAAAUCAUGUAGUUCAAGUUAUAAAAAAAAAAAAACAUAUAUAUAUUGCACAUAUGCUUAUUGUAAAAUUACACUUACAGAUUGUAUAUUUUCUAAAAUAAAUGUUAAAAAAAAAAGUUAUGUAAAAGUGUAACAUGAUAAAAACCAGACAAAAUAAAUAAAAUAUUAGAGAAUACAUGUAAAGGAAUAUGAUGUAUAAAAAUCAAUUUUUAUACUCAAAAGACCUAAAUUUAUGUGUUACCUUUAAGGUUGACCAUUUUGUUCAUUAAUGUUCAAUAUUUCAGUUUUCUACAUGCAUUAGAUUUAUUUGUACUUCAAAGACUCUAACACAAACAUUUUAAUUAAUUAUAUUUGAUUCAGGAAACUAGUUUAUCAAUUUGUUUGUACUAAAAUGCCGCAAUAUAUAUGUAUAAUCAAUAAUUAUAAUUUCACUUUUUAUCCAGUUUAUAUGAUAUGAAAUGUGAAUAUAACAAAAAUGUUAAUCUAAAUUCAUGAGAUUAUAAUAAAUAUAUAUACUUUGCUUAAUUAUUUCAUAAUAUAUAGAAUAAUUUUCACUAUACACAUAGUAAAAAUAAAAUUUUAAUCUAAUAAUCUAUUUAGAUUAUAAUUGAAACGUAAUUUUUGUUUGUGUUUUAGAUAGCAAUGAUGGUCUGGCCAGUUUUACAAACAAUAAAUUACUGUGUUAUUCCUGCAAAUAAUCGUUUGAUAUUUGUCAGUUUUGCUGGACUGGUAUGGACUACAUUUUUAGCUUAUAGAAAAUAUGAAAAGAAUAAAAUUUUAUCUUUAGCUGAUAAAAAUACGAAUGAUAGUUAAUGCUCAUUAUUGGGUGUUUUUGUUAUUAGUUCUUUAAAUUAUUGUUGCCAAAUAUUGAUUAUUGUAUUGGUUCAUACAAUCAUCGAUUAAAUUUUACAUAUUUAAACAUUUAAAAGUGUUCUGUGAUUGGUAGUUCUAUAGAUAUAAGUUUUAUAUCUAAUAAAAUUAAAUAAAGAGUUGUAUAUCAAAAUCUUUAAUUCUUUUGGGUUACCUUAGAUUUUUUUAACAAACUCUAAUCUGUAUGUUAUGUUACUGAGUAAUAGCAUUUAUAGAAUAUACAGACACGUGGAAUUAGUUAGAAACUGGUUUUCUGCUGGUGAUGGUGGGGUAUUUCAUAAUGGUGUAGGUGGACAAGAUGUGGAUACUACUCUAUGAGAGGUACACCACCAUUCCCAAUUGAUAAUUGUUUUCAAAUUGUCCUAUAGUUUGGCUUAUCCAUAUAUUAUAAAAUUAAUUAUAAUAUGUACUAAAAUAUUGUCCCUAUAUUGUGCAUUUUAAACUCUAAUUGAUGGCUACUAAACUCUGUGCCACGAGAGAAGUAAUCCAUAUCCUGAUCAAAUUGCGUUCAAAUUCACUCAUCCCCCACUGACAUACCAUUGUUGCAUGAUCACAAUCGUUAACGGUCAGAACGAUGUAUAGUAUGUAUCAUUAAUCAUUACGUGCACUUGAUACAGUGUGAAAAUGCGUCUGUGCCACUACUUCUAUGAACCACACGAUUACUUUCACUCCGUUGACUGUUUAAUGAUUUGUUCUGCACGUGAUAAUUGAUAUUAUAAAUAAAAUUAUAAUAUAAUCACUCUGUAUAUCACUUAUUUUACGCUGUAUGCACGCUAUAUCGCGAAUUGUAGGGAACAAAGUCGGGAAAACUGAGCCUAGUAACACUCCCUACUAUCAGUCUGCAUGCGCAAAAUGGGUUACUUCUCUUGUGGCGCGGAGUAUAGUACUGUUGACUACAAAUGUUACUUUGAUAACCAUUAUAAUUAAUAUAUACCAGAAUUGUUAUUCAGGUUUUGUCUAAUGCUUAAAUUAUAUACUAUGGUUAGAGCUAUAUGUGUUAUAUUCUAUAAACUCCUUGGUGUUCAAUAUAAUCCCAUCUUAUUUUCAUGAUUUUGGAUCACACUCACGCACCAGGCUGCAAAAUACAUCGCCAGUGAGUGUCACCCAAAAUUAUGACUGUAAGUGGAAGGUUUUUUUAGACAUAGUAAUCUAUCCGUAGUACAUGAUCUAAAGUCUAAUGUCAAAUAUUUCUUGAUCUCUAUGUUAUUUAUUUAUGCAAUUUAUAUUUUACCAAUACUGCACUUUUAUUUAAAACUUUUCAUAAUAUGCUGAGCACACAUUUACUUUAUAUGUUAUAUACCAUGUGUACAUUGCACAGUGAAUAAUGCAAAAAUUUUAACUGCUGCUAUUUGAAUUAAAAAUUAAAAUUAAAAUGUAUUUUAAAGCUUUAUUUAUUUUUCUUAAAACAUGAUUCAUUUGCAAUUGAUUCUUGAGUAGAGCUUUUACUAAUGACAAUUUCGUGUUGUCUUGAACCAAUCUUCUUUUAAUCUAAGUGUGUUCUAGUAUCUGACAGUAUUUUACAAUGUUCACUAUUAAAAAAAUUUUAUAUUUGAAGAACUUUAUAUUUAUUUGCGUACAUUCAAAUUUUCAAAUUACAUGAUUACCAAUUACUUGUGUUAUUUAUUAUUUUACAAAAAGCCUGUAUGAAAUGGUAAUGAAUUACUUUUUGAUAAUAAUAUUUAGACAACACUAGUCAAAAUAAUUAUUGUUUUAUUGUAUAACAUUUACAUUGUUUUUAUGUGAUUUUUUUUUGUUUAUGUUAUUGUUGUAAUAAUAAUGUAGUAUAAAUUCCUCCAGUCUACCUCUACAAUAUUUAAAUAAUAUUUAAAUGCGUUAAUUUAUUUUAUUAAUAGGUGAAAUAAAUGUUAUGUUAGAAUUUCUUAUUGUUAAAACAUGUACUGUAUUGAUUGAAAUAUAAUGUGAUAUUAAUUAAUUAAAUAAAAUUAGUAACAGUUUAUUAUUUUAAAUUUUUAAAUAAUAUAGUUUAUAUAAUUUUAAAAAUUACUACUAAAUUAUAGCUAUAAAAUUACAGCUGAAUAUGCAAUCAUGAAAGCUAAUGCCUUGGGUGUUUAAAGUUGUUUACUUUUGUCGAAUUCUCCCCAAAAUUAAAGAUUAUUGCACUGUCUGUUAUAUAAAUAUAUUUAUACAUAUAUGUAUCUUUUUCUUGAAAUAUUAGAACAAUUUCAGCAGCUCCUUCUGGACCAAAAGAGCUCAAACAUGGAAAUGAAAGUUGUUUAUAGGCAAAUUGAAGUAAUCAAAUUUUGGUUGAAUUUCAGUGUGUGGACUUCACUAUGUUAUUGAAGUGUUUUUUUUAAAUUUGUAUACCCCUACACUAUAGACCUUCCAAACAAAACCAAAGGAAAAAUGUAUGUACAUAGUGUAAACAUCAAGGUUGUGUUUUUGGUCAUUUUAACUUUUAAUUUCUUUCAACCAUUUUUAUGUUUAUAUUUCAUGUUUAAACAGGAAAUUCCAGAUUUUGUAUACCCUUUAGACUCAUGAAAGUAAGAAACUGAUAAAAUGUGUAUACACAAAUAGAAUUUUUGUCAAGAAUGUGUCUUUAGCAAAUAUGUCCUAUAUGUCCUUGAGAAUUUGAGAAGAACUUUAUCUAUUUUUAUAAAACUUUUAUUGAAUAUCCUUGCCGCAAUAUAGAAAGAAAAAAAAAUGAAAUAUUGUCAACAAGUUAGGUAGGGGAAAAUUCGACUCUAGUGAUUUUAGUUGCUUUAUUAUUUACGUGUUUUUUAAUUUAUAAUUAUAUUUUUUUAUUUUACAUUUAAUCUUACAUUAUUAUUGUUUAUUGUUAUAGAAUUGUCAUAGAUAUUAUAGUUCUUUCACAUAUGUUAUAAAUACCAAGAAAAACUAUUCAAUUUUCUGUUUAAAUUAUACCAUAUUCCAAUAAUUUUUACAAUUUAAUAUACAAAUUCAAUCUAAUUAUUAUUAUUUUUUUUAAUUUGACCAUUCCAUUAUUUUAUUAUCUUUGUUAAAUGUUGAAAUGUUAUGUAGUUGUUCUUUAAAUAUAAUAAUAUUGUAGCUUAUUUAAAGUU